GUUUUUUUUGCUUGUAUGAAAAUGAAGUGAAGUGAAGAAAAAGAAAGAAGAAAAAGAAAAAAAAAAAAGUGAAAAUUUUCAUUUCGACGACAAACUUCGCCUUUAAAAAAUAUAAGCAAAUCAAUAUUUGCUACAAAUUAUUUAUACAAAAAUUCAUUCCAUUCCAUUUGUUUAAAUAAUUCUCUAUCGAAUAAAGUUAUAAAUCCAAUUGAAAUUGCAAUAAUUUGCAAUUAAAAUUGCGUCUUACCAAAAUGCGCAUCCAUACGAUUGGUUGACUUUCUUGUGACAAAGCAAAAAAAUAUCCAAAAAAAAAAAUAAAGACAAAAGCUUUGACUUGACUGAUAACACGCUUAAACACAACAAAAACAGGCAAGAUACGGACGAGUGGAGGAGAAUACCCACCACCAACAACAUCUUCAUCAUUCCUGCCUCAAAACAAACAAAAUAACAACUAACAAGCAAUAGUUUUUAAACAAUAAUAAAAUAAAAAGCAAGCAAUGGCAGAGUCAAAUUCUAAUGCGACAGAUGCUACUGGCCUUAGUGCUCUUAACAAUCAAGGAUACCACCAGCUGAGUAUUACAAUUGAAGAGGCAUCACUUCGAAAUAAUGGAUUCCUCAAACCCAACCCUUACGUGGAGCUUCUUAUCGACAAUAAGAGCAAGCGAAAGACCGAUACAAUGAAAAACACUCAUUUACCAAAAUGGGAUGAAGAAUUUACAGUUUUGAUAACACCCAAUUCAAUUCUUCACUUCAAAGUACUAGAUCACUCGAGUUUUCGUAAAGAUGCAAUGCUUGGUGAACGUUCAGUUAAUCUCAGUCAAAUACUCCAACACUACAAUGGACGAUUGGAAUUUUUAGAACUUAGCAUGGAUUUGGUUAUUACAUCAAAGUCUGACAAUCGUCAGACAAAGAGUGGCGAAUUAGUUGCAAUACUUAAUGGUCUGCGAUUAGAUAUGUCCAAGUUGAUUAUCACAAAUGGUAAUGGUGCUGUGCAACAACAACAAAGUCUACCAUCUAUUGAUGGUACGGCGAAUCCGAAUCGAAGCAGUGUUCUCAAUGGCGGCGUGAGAGCACGAAUGAGAUUGCGCAGUACAAAUGGUUCUGAUAACGCAAUCAAUUCUGGUGCUAUAACAAACGGACGUUCGCCUGGCCAAGUGAGUAAUGCCGGUGUGGCCAUGAAUGGUGGCGGUGGUUUGAGUAAUGGUGCGGCAUGUAGCAAUAGUAGUUUGAGUGCUGUAGCUCCGUCGUCUUCGGGAGCAAUACGUCGACAGACAUCGACAACAGCAGUAGCUGUGUGGGAACAACAGCAACAGAUGAGUGGAUCGCAGCAGCAAGUGGUGGCGGCGCAAACUGCUCACCCACAAAUGCAGUCCCAGAGAAUACCCAUCCAAAGUGUGAAUGGCACUGGUCAGCGAGUUAUGCAGGUUUAUACGGCCCCAAUGCAAGGUUCGGCCGCUGUCCCUGGGGCACCGCCGACAGCAGCAACAGGAGGUUAUAUCCCAGCCGAUAAUGUACCAUUGGAAGCGGCACAAGGUAAUGCUGGUGGGAAUCCAGUGCCUGUGUCGAACGUGGGCGAUCAGCAGUUGCAGGCUGCUCAAGCUGACGAUGAGCCACUCCCAGCUGGAUGGGAGAUUCGCUAUGAUCAGUAUGGCCGAAGGUACUAUGUAGAUCACAAUACACGUUCGACAUAUUGGGAGAAACCAACUCCACUUCCUCCAGGCUGGGAGAUCCGCAAGGAUCCACGUGGACGAGUGUACUAUGUCGACCACAAUACACGAACAACCACCUGGCAGAGACCCAACAGUGAACGUUUAAUGCAUUUCCAACACUGGCAGGGCCAACGUGCCCAUGUUGUGGCACAAGGCAAUCAGCGUUUCUUGUAUUCUCAGCAGCAACAGCAACCUACAGCUGUAACUGCUCCAUUGAGUCAGGAUGACGAAGAGCAGCUAGGUCCACUGCCCGAUGGAUGGGAGAAAAAACUCCAGUCUGAUAACAGAGUGUACUUUGUAAACCACAAAAACCGCACCACCCAAUGGGAAGAUCCCCGAACGCAAGGCCAAGAGGUGAAUCUCAUCAACGAGGGUCCUUUGCCACCAGGUUGGGAGAUUCGAUAUACCGCCUCCGGAGAGCGAUUCUUUGUUGAUCAUAAUACUCGCCGAACGACUUUCGACGAUCCUCGUCCCGGUGCUCCGAAAGGAGUCAAAGGUGUUUAUGGGGUACCGCGUGCCUAUGAACGGUCCUUCCGCUGGAAGCUCAGUCAAUUCCGUUAUCUCUGUCAGAGCAAUGCCCUUCCAUCCCACAUUAAGAUCACAGUCACCCGACAGACGCUUUUCGAAGAUUCCUACCAUCAGAUUAUGCGAUUGCCAGCUUACGAGCUUAGACGUCGACUCUAUAUUAUAUUCCGUGGUGAAGAAGGUCUAGAUUAUGGUGGUGUUUCACGAGAAUGGUUUUUCCUUCUAUCUCACGAAGUUCUAAAUCCCAUGUAUUGCCUUUUUGAAUAUGCAAACAAAAACAACUACAGUCUUCAAAUAAACCCAGCGAGCUAUGUGAAUCCCGAUCAUUUGCAAUAUUUUAAAUUUAUUGGACGUUUUAUUGCCAUGGCAUUGUAUCAUGGAAGAUUUAUUUAUUCAGGAUUUACAAUGCCAUUUUAUAAGCGGAUGUUAAACAAGAAACUAACCAUCAAAGACAUCGAAACUAUCGAUCCAGAAUUUUAUAAUUCCCUCAUAUGGGUACGUGAUAAUAAUAUUGAUGAAUGUGGUCUUGAGUUGUGGUUUAGUGUGGACUUUGAGGUUCUGGGGCAAAUCAUACAUCAUGAACUUAAAGAGAAUGGUGAAAAGGAAAAAGUUUCUGAAGAAAACAAAGAAGAAUAUAUAACCCUGAUGACUGAAUGGCGAAUGACAAGGGGCAUCGAACAACAGACAAAAACAUUCCUAGAAGGCUUCAAUGAAGUUGUCCCAUUAGAAUGGCUUAAAUACUUUGACGAACGUGAAUUAGAAUUGAUUCUCUGUGGAAUGCAAGAUGUCGAUGUAGACGAUUGGCAAAGGAACACCAUUUACAGACACUAUAACCGAAGUAGCAAACAAGUUGUUUGGUUCUGGCAGUUUGUUCGUGACACAGACAACGAGAAACGAGCACGUUUAUUACAAUUUGUUACUGGAACAUGUCGUGUACCAGUUGGCGGUUUUGCCGAGCUAAUGGGCUCGAAUGGCCCCCAACGUUUUUGCAUUGAAAAAGUCGGCAAAGAAACAUGGCUGCCGCGAUCACACACAUGCUUUAAUCGUUUAGAUUUACCACCGUACAAAAGUUACGACCAACUAGUUGAGAAACUAACAUUUGCAAUCGAAGAGACUGAAGGUUUCUGUCAGGAAUAAAUUAUAUAUUUUCUGGCAGAAUGGGAAUGGAACUACGUUGUAUCUUCUUGAUGAUGAUUAUACUUUAUUUUAUUCUUCUUUUUUUUUUUUGUUAAUUUGUAGAAAGGGUUUUGGGUAGAAAAUCCUAUAAAUUCAGCAUCUUUUAGGAAUUUUUUUGUAUGUCUCACUUUUUUCAGUUUUAAAUUGAAUUGAAAAAGAAGAAAAACGAAGAAACGCUUUUUUAUUAUUUUUCUGCCCAAAAAUUUUAUUUGUUAUUUGCAUUCUCUAUCGUUGUUAUUUUAUUGUUUUAUAUAGCUAGUUUGCAACUACUCUUUUUGCGCGUUUUGAUAAAAACAAUCGAUAAAUUUAAACAAACACAUUAAAAUACAUUGAUUGUGCUUCAAUCAACCUAUAUUUUAAACAUUACACUUUAUUUAUAUUUAUGUAUAAUGCUAGGAAAAUAUAUAUUUUAUUCUCUAAACAACUAGGGCGUGUGUAUAAAGAAGACGGAGCAACAUUUUAAUAUUUUAUCUUAUAUUUUUUUUUUUUUUUUAAUUUUAAAUAUCUUUUAUUCAUAAUUAUGUGUACAUUUAAAGAGACAAAAUAAUAAUAAAUCUGUUGUUUUUAUUGUAAAUAUUUGAUGAGAAAAAUUGAUGAAUGAAGGAAGAGAAAAAAUAAAUUUAAUUUUAUUUGUUACAUUUUUAAAGCGAUUUAUGUAACAAAUAUAUUAUAUUAUUAUUAUAGUAUACAAAAAAAAAACAUUCGACCUAAAAACUAAUUAAAACAAAUUUAAAAAGAAGAAAUGCAUAAUAGUCGGCAAAAGAAAUUAUACACCGGCAUAAAUAUUUAAGAGAAAUAUUAUAUUAUAAUAAAAUAAACAUUAGAAAAACAAUAAUUAAAUAAA